AUGACGCAAAUCGCAGGCGUCAUCAGUUCCGGCAUGAGACGGCUAAAGUAUAUUCUAAGCCGGUUCGCCAAAACUGCGAAGUCCACACGCGCCAUCCACGAAGAGAGCAUCGCACGAUAUUGCCCCGGAGGCUACCAUCCCGUCCGGAUCGGUGGUGUCUUCGACAACGGCAAGUACAGGAUCGUCAGUAAGCUCGGCUACGGGGUUUACUCCACGGUGUGGCUUGCAUGCAACCAAGAGACGAAGCGCCAUGUCUCCCUCAAGAUACUCACCACCGACUCGUUCGGCGACGGGAACGACACGUCCGAGCUAGAAAUACUAAUGCGCCUGAAAGCUUCUUGUACCGCUUCCCCUAUAUCGCCACCAGGGGCAGCCCAUGUUCUUGGGCUUCUUGACCAAUUUGAGCAUCGCGGACCCCACGGAAAUCAUGUCUGCCUCGUUGUCAAGGCCAUGAGGCCGGAUCUAUCUCGGUUUCGAAGGCUCUUCCCGGAUCUGAAGCUGCCGCCGCCCCUUGUAAAGCGCGUCUCAAGACAACUUCUCCUCGCUCUUGCUCAUCUCCACGACGCAUGCCAGGCCGUAAACACGGACAUCAAGCCGACAAACAUCCUCAUCGAAAGCCCCGCCAUCAACGACAUGUUUGAAAACGCAGCCUCGGAGGCUUUCUCGCCGCAAGACUCCCCGUUGCCGCCGCCGCAGGACUUCUACAUGAGGUCGACACAGGUUUCGUCACACGAAGAGGAUCUCGCCCGGUCUACCGAGCUUUCUGUGCGGCUCACUGAUUUUGGCGCAUCCAGUCGGUUCGACAAGCACCUGACGGAAUGGAUUCAGCCUGACAUGCUCCGGGCCUCCGAGGUACUCGGAGCCGAGUGGGAUUGCAAGGUCGACAUUUGGAAUCUCGGGCUGAUAAUAUGGGAGCUUGCCGAAGGUCGCCUGCUUUUCGACGGGACGUGGGCGCCGCGAGACUCCUACACGCCCGAGGCCCACCUAGCGCAGAUGAAGGCGGUUCUGGGUGCUUUCCCAGAACGAUUGCUGGCUCGGUCGAAGAACCGUGGCCUGUAUUUCGAUAGCAAAGGCAAUCUCAUGAAGCCCUCGACUUUCCCGCCCGUCUCGCUGGAGCAGUUCUCCAAGAAUCCCAACAUCUCGGCGUCCGACAGGACGGGUUUCCUGGAACUGGUCACGGCGAUGACGAGAAUCGACCCGGAUGAACGCCCAGAGGCCCAGACACUCCUGGAAGCUGACUGGCUCAAGGAGGCAUAAGGUUGAUCCCGGGUUGAGUGUGUCAAGUAGUAUGCCUGCCUUGCUGCAAUUGGCGGAUGUGUUUGACGGAAGAGAAGACGAAAAAGAAAUGUUAGUAUCGCACAUAACUUGUCAAGCAGGAAAGAGGAUCCGACCGACCCUCGAAAAAGAGAGGGUAGCCGGUCGAGAAGUGACGCCGUGUGAAGAAUUCGAGGUUCUAGUUUCUGUGGCGGAAGUAUGUUUUGAGCCCGGCAAAGUUGUCCAGCGGCCGAGGCCGAAAGGGGUGGGGAUCCGUCAGUAACCAACAUCCAGUGCAGAUUCGGCCGAGAUCCACUGAAUCCGGAUCCGGGGCCAAGACCAUUCCGAAGAACGGGACGUUUGUCGUUCUUACUCAUCAAGUUGUGCACAUCAUAGGCUCUCCGGCAUGCAGUGGUAUUGUCACGCGUAUGUAGCGGUAGUUGGCAUUGCUGUGUAUAUUGC